ACUCUCAACCAAGUAUUACCACGACUGACAAGGCCGCCUUUGAUCCAAGAGACUACUCAAACUUCAAUCACACUGUCCUGGGACGGAUGGAUGGCCGGGGUAGACAUUGGCGAUCCUCCACUCAUUGGAUACAAUGUAUACUACAAGGAGGCACUUCCAGAUUCUUCACCAUGGAUCCGUCUUGAUCGAGGAAACGCUUUGGAUCUUUCUCAAAUGAUUGAUGGUUUGUCUCCUGACAGGGACUACUUGUUUGGUGUCUCAGCAGUGAAGGAUGGCGAUGGAGGAGAAGGACCUCUGAAGAAUGUGACUGCAAGUACUUCUUGUUUGUCCCCUACCGGAGUUCUUUCACAUGUGACAGUCCAUCAAGUGUCAUCUCCUGAACAGCUUCUUAUUACAUGGCAGUCUCCAACUGCAGACGAUGCAAGUGCAAACUGUCGCGGUGGUUUCACGAACAUUUAAAUCUACUUUUCAUCAACAUCCGAUGUCUCUUCUAAAGGCUCAGUACAGUUUACCGUUGAUUCUGCUGGUAGUUAUUACCUUGGCUCAGUGGUACCUGACACUCAGUACUCGGUUUAUAUGACAUUGUGGAACAAAGAUAGCGAAGGUCCUCGAAGCCAAGCGUCGUUUGGGAUGACUUUUCAAACAAAAACAACUGUCGUACCCUGGGCUUUGUUUGGCAUUACUCUCCUUAUCUGUGCUGUCGUCAUCAUCGUUUUCGUUUUCGUAUGGAAAAGACGCAAGGCGGACCCUAAACCUCCCAAGCCAAGAAUCAAUCCAGAGACGGACGAAGAUCAGCCAACAUAUGAGAACCCAACCUUUGAGUCGCCUCCUAUAAACACCUAUGAAAGUUUGAAACGUGUGGAAAACAACACUGCGGAUGACGCUUACGUCAAUGUGAUCUCAAAAUCUGAAUAAAUCAAUAUGAUUUGACUUAAACGUCUGUCUACAGAGGUGUAUCUAGAAUAAAUCAAUUAAUUCAAAAUCGAAGAUCAACGCAAAAGGCGUGAACUGUCGGUUAAGCUUACGAUCAAUUGGGCAAAAAGAAUUUCCAUUUUCGGUUUAACUUAAUAAAAUUUGGC